GGGGUGGGGACAGCAGCUGGCACAAGGGUUCAUCCUGGUAGACAUGGGAACAUCUGAGCAGAUCCUGGAUGAGCCUAGAGGCAUGAGCUGGGGGCAUGGAGGUGACCAAAGGUGUUUCAGUGCCCGGGCAAAGCUUUGGAAAACCAGUUGUCCCAACAUCAGACAGAAGGGUUGGGAUAUGGUCCUCAGGGCAAUGACAUCUCUAGGUCUAGAAGGGCCCAGUGGCUCGGGGACAGGAUGGCCCUAGGUAUGUGUGCCUGGUCAGUCCUCUGUCACUGCCUUAUGUUUAGUCAGGAGACUCUGAUCUCAUUUACUCCGUCCUCUUCCUCCCUGUCCCUGAGACAGCCAGUAAUCCACCAGCAGGGACCCACGCCAGGUGUGCAGACCCUGCCUUAGUCUGCAGAAGCACCUGUUGGGAGUCAUCUUCGCACUCUGAGACCAAAGCACCAAGGGGCUUCCAAGGAGUGUCUGGGGGGCAUCAGCCAUUCCUCUGUGCCCUAAGGGUCCCAUUUUGCCCAGCCUCCCUGGAUCUCCGCUUUAGGGGUCCCUCCAGAAUAGAGGCUGAGGUACCUUCCUGAAGUGCCUCCCCAGACGGUUCCCAAAGAGACACAAUUUCACAUCUUCCCAGGCACUCUCAAGUGCCAAUUAGUAAGGGGGCAUGCUGACAGAUGGAUGUAAGGGGCCAGAACCUUUGGCACACUGGUACCAUACCCCGGUAGUCUCUCUUUGCCCACUGGCAAUGGGCAGGCUAGAGACAGGCCACCCCUAAAGUAGCUUCCAGCGUUCAUGUUCUGCUUCACUUUAUGACUGUCUAAAGUCCAAAAGGGCCACAGCCCCCCUUCCUGGAAAACUGUGUCUCAGUGGAACCCCAGCCCCAAUCCUCCUGCUGUCCCGCAAAGCCCCCCUCCCCGGGGUCAUAAAGGCCGCCUCCAGUCUGUUGCCACCCUCCAAAUCCAGGUGAACCUGGGGCGUCUGAAGGGCACAAGGCUGGGGACCCCAUCUGAGUUCCCCUGAGAUCUCCUUCCCACCAGACCCAUUUACAAACAACGCCCAGUGCAAGCCACUCAGGAAAACCACAGGGCGUUUUUUGUUAAGACUUCAUUAUAAUUUUAUCAAUCAAAUUCUUAGAAGAAGGAAAAAGUCUGCCCUCCCCACCCUCCCCCUCACUCGUCCCCCUCCCCCUCUUCACUCUCACUUUCUUCCAUUCAUAAUUUCCUAUGAUGCACCUCAAACAACUUCCUGGACUGGGGAUCCCGGCUAAAUAUAGCUGUUUCUGUCUUACAACACAGGCUCCAGUAUAUAAAUCAGGCAAAUUCCCCAUUUGAGCAUGAACUUCUGAAAACGGCCUGCAUCUAAGGUCUCCUCCAAGGCCCUCUGGAGUCCAGCCCAUAAUGAAGGUCUUGGCCGCAGGUAAAUCCACGCGCCCGGCGCCGGUUGCGAGUCUCGACUGCGGGCGCGCCGGCAGCCUGGGGCGCUGGGCGAGCACUCGCGGGACACUGGCCCGCCGCGCCACUCGGACACUUGGGGCGCCCGCGCAGUUCCGAGCCAGCCGGAGGCGCUGGGUGGCGGCCGGGAGCGAGCGCCGCACAUGGUCCGGGCACCGCGCGCCCAGCUAGCCGGGGCCAGCAGGUUGGCAGUGAGGGACCCGGCCGGCGCAGCCUUGCUCCAUCGCCUCCACUGCUCGCCCCACUGCUCUCCCGCGCUGCUCUUGUUUCUCCGCUGUCGCCCGGAUUCACCCUCCCUCUUUCUUUUUCUUUCUUUCUUUCCGCUUUCUCUUUUCCAACUGCGUCCCGGGCUGCUCCCUGGGAGGGGCGCAGGCGGCUGAGCAGCUUGCAAACUCCGGCCAGGACCGGCGCAGGUGCCGCUUCCGUCUGCUAGUCCCUGGAAAGCUGUGAUUGGCGCGAGGAGUUGUGCCCUUACUGCUGGUUCUGCACUGGAAACACGGGGCAGGGAGUCCGCUACCCAUCACCCCUGUUAAUGGCACCUGUGCUACACGCCACCCAUGCCACGGCAACCUCAUGAACCAGAUCAAGAACCAACUGGCACAGCUCAAUGGCAGUGCCAAUGCCCUCUUUAUUUCCUACUACACAGCCCAAGGGGAGCCGUUUCCCAACAACCUGGACAAGCUGUGUGGGCCCAACAUGACAGAUUUCCCGCCUUUCCAUGCUAAUGGGACUGAGAAGACCAAGUUGGUGGAGCUGUAUCGGAUGGUUGCAUAUCUGAGUGUCUUCCUGAGCAAUGUCACCCGGGAUCAGAGGGUCCUGAACCCCAAUGCCCAGAGCCUCCACAGCAAGCUCAAUGCUACUAUAGACAUCAUGCGUGGGCUCCUCAGCAAUGUGCUUUGCCGGCUGUGCAACAAGUACCACGUGGGCCAUGUGGAUGUGACCUAUGCCCCCGACACCACUAGCAAAGAUGCCUUCCAAAAGAAAAAGUUGGGCUGCCAGCUCCUGGGGACAUACAAGCAAGUCAUUAGCAUGGUGGCCCAAGCCUUCUAGACAGGAGGCCUUAAGUAUGGACUGAGAGAUUUCAGGAGCAGGAUCCAGAUGUGGGGGGGUGGGGACUCAAAGUGUGCUGGGGUUCAGGGCAUUGUUAAAUGCAAAGGGGGCUGCUGGCAGACCCCAGGGAUUUCCAGCCACUCAUUGCACUCUGGGCUGGGCUGUGAUGAAGUCCAGCAAAGCUGAAACUUCCAUAGGCAGGGCCUCCAGAUAGCCCAGCCCCAGCAGGAAGUGGCAUGGAGGAGGUUAAGUGUGGGUGAGAUUUCUGUCCCACUAACUUCCCUCGGCCUGUUGUUCACUAGGUGUGUGAACAAGAUGCACGUGUUGUCUAUAGCAGACAGCAAAGGUCUCCUGGUCCCCUGCAGAGUGACCACCAUCUGGGCCUUUGUUGUCCCUUUGAGAGACUUUGGAAGGCUGGUGGGAAUGUGGGCAGGCCAGAGGAUCCGGAAGGACUCCUUGUCUUUUUGAAGUUUUGUGGGCAGAAGGCGGAGAGGGUACCCUGUGAUGGGAUGUAUCUUCUCUUGAGUUUGAUUGGAGAGUUCAGGCUUAGGGACUGUCAUGUCAGGUGGAAGAUUCUGGAAGGUCACUGGCGGUCAGGCUCUUAGGGAUGACGAGAGGCCAUCUGCAGGUCUGGAAGUCCCUGGACGAGGACGAGGCCAUCAGAGCGCGAUGGACUCAUUUUCUCUGCAUUUUCCCCCACAACCUAGCACCGUUGGGGUCUCCCAGCUGGACCUAGAGGUGGGGUGUGCACAGGUGGGAAGAAGCAGGUUGCAAAGGCAGGGGAGGUGUUCAGCAGGUUCCCAGAGUCCUCCCAGGGACGCAGCUGUAACCCUAGGAGCCAGGGAGGGAGCAAGGCAGGCAUGGUGGGGUGCUAGCGAUGUGGGUUUCAUCUGCUUCUGUUGAUGCCAGAGAACAGGUAAUCCUAAACAGACAGAGAGGUAGCCUAGAGUAGAAGGUCACACUUGAGGCCCUGGAGGUCACACAAAGAUAUUUGAGGCGACCGGAGGCUGUCUUGGGUUCCUGGAGCUUGGAGAAGCAGAACUUGAGGUCAGGGUUUCAGGGAAGCUGGAGACCCCAGGGCGCUGUGUGUGACCCAGUGCUGCUUUCUAUUUAUUACUGUAUCCUAUUUAUGUUAACUUAUUGGUGCUUGAAAUGGCAAAGUUAAUUCCCUGAAACAGUAUGAGGCCCCUUACUUGGGAGCCAUGGUCAGGCCUCACCUUGUGGGUUUGGUCUGGGAGCUGAUGAUAUUACAGGGAGAAUAAGCCUCAUGGGUGAAGCGUAGAGAAGGGUCGAGAUCAGAGAGCUGGCUAGCUCCGCUGCCUCCCACUGUGACUCACUUUGAGGGUGUCAGGGACCUCCAGAAGCUGGGCCAGUUUGUGGAGUGGUUGAUUUUUUUUCCUCUUUCUGGUCUCCAGGGGGGCGGAGUUUGUGGUUGUUGUUGUUGUUUUGUCCCACGGUGCUCUCUGGCGCCCCCUGGAUUCCUGCUAUGUGGCGCACCAUUCUUGGGCAAAGCAGAUUCCUUGUUCCUCAAAGAGCAGCUGAAGAACACUGAGACAUCCUGACUGGGAACCCAGCAUGCUUCCACCCAGCAUGGAAGCUCCUCGGGUGGCCUGAACACCCACAGAAUGCAGGAAGUUGGGGCAGCGCAGGCCCUGAACUGGGCCUGAACGGCUGCCCAGUGCUCCGGAGAAGGGGAGAGCAAAGCCUGGGACACAGACCAGGAAGCUGCGGUCCUUGCUUCAUCGCUGCCUUCCCACUCCCGCCCAUGUCUGGGCUCCCAGGCAGGGAAUCCGAUCUGAUCUCUCCUUUGUGCUGGGGCCAGGCAAGCAGAGGAACGCCCUCGAUCUGGGAGCAGGGUAGGGAGGGAGGCAGCCAAGCUAGGGCAGUGGCUGAGUACAGCACUAGCUGCCUCUCAGCCUCAGAGCAGGGCGGCCCUUAGCAGUUCAGCUGCAGGAUUCUGCUCCAUGCAUAUUUGCACCUUCCUUUGUCAUCCUCUAAGCACUUUACCUGGACGGCAGGAGGAUGGCUCCUGAAGCUCUGGGUAGGACAGGCCGGCAACCACGGACUCACGUGCGGCAGAUGUGGCAGCGACACCGUGGGCCCGGCUCUUGCCGCUGCCUCAGGCCCAGCUCAGGACUGGCUGCACUUCUCCAGGCUGAGGGGCAGCUUGUCUCUACAGCGGGGGGCCUGCUGGGCUUUGCCAUCACUUCGCAUCCCCAUGGGCAUGGACUCCCUGGGCUCAGCCCACCUGGCAGCUCUGAAGCUCAGGGACCAAUGGACUCUGUGUGCACAGCCCCUGGCUCCAUAAUACAGCCACCACCUGCCUACAUCUGACUCCAGCAGUUCAGAGCCAUUUUGCACAGCGUCCCAGAAUCAUGGAGCCUUCAGGGGAAAGAAACCCUUUAGGGGCAGGCAGCUGUGCACCUUGAUCUCUUACACCUGCUAGCAUUGACUCCCAUCUGCCAUGGGGGGUGGGUAGUAUGCUGGGCCGGAGGAGGAGGGAUGGGGCAUUUCGCAAUUUGUCAAGAGAGAAGCAUAGGGUCCCUUAUUUAUUAUUUAAGACUUCAAACCCCGAAGCACUGAUAUUUCACUGGUCUCUCUUCCCUGUCCUUGAUCUUUGCACAAGUGACCCAGCUCUGCUUUGCUGGCUCUCUGGAGCAGACAUGGCACGUGGGCCGGGACCCCAGAGUCUUGCACGGGAGUGACUUAAGACGUGCAAUGGUCUGGCUGUCUGCAUUCGAAUGACCCCCAGCCCAAGCUCUCCUCUGCACUGCUGGUUCAGCCCAUGGGGCCUCAGCUGUUUCCCCUUUCCUUUUCAUUGGAAGGGAUUUGGCCUUGGGUGACAAAUUCCUCUUUGAUGAAUGUACCCUGUGGGAGUGUUUCAUACUGACAGAUUAUUUUUUAUUUAUUCAAUGUCGUAUUUAAAAUAUUUAUUUUUUAUACUGAAGGAGUACCUUUUUUUAAAAAGAAAAAAAUGAAUUAAUAAAGAACCCACUCUUGUCAA